ACGUCCUUUGUUAUUCCAACUCUCUCUCUCUCUCUCUCUCUCUCUCUCUCUCUCUCUCUCUCUCUCUGCCUCUCUCUCUCGUGAACCAGAACCCCUUUCACAUUCUCUGUCAAUUCAAGCGUGUCCGUAUUGUCUUCCUCCUCCAGAAUGGCGCAGAAGGUGGUGUUGAAGAUCAUGACCAUGACCGACGACAAGACGAAGCAGAAAGCCAUAGAAGCAGCAGCCGACAUAUAUGGGGUGGAUUCGAUAGCGGCGGAUACAAAGGACCAGAAGCUGACGGUGAUAGGCCAAAUGGACACGGUGGCGGUGGUGAAGAAACUGAAGAAAGUUGGGAAAGUGGACAUAAUUUCCGUCGGGCCGGCCAAAGAAGAGAAGAAGGAAGAGAAGAAGGAAGAGAAGAAGGAGGAGAAGAAGGACGACAAGAAAGAGGAAAAGAAAGACGACAAGAAAUCCGACAAGAAAUGAGCGAAUCCUUAUUACUUCCAAGCUUCUUCCUAAUGCUAUAUAGUAUAUUUUGAUGUAUUCAACGUGGGAUUGCUCUGAGAAAGCUCUUCUUUUUGUUUAGUUCCGGCCAUGUAGAACCAGCCGAAUAGGGUUAGCCAUGUGGAGGUAGGCUGAGUGAGGAGGCAUAUACACAUAUUAUGUGGUUUUACUUGUAAUCAUCCGAUCUUGGGUAAUGUUUCUUUCCUUUUGUUUUCUUGCGAGAUCAAUCUCCGCAAUCGUCGCUGUCGAUGUAAAUAACCAGCGCACGUAGCCGAGAGAGAUUGCCGUGCAAGAGAUCUCUUCACUUUGUUGCGCUCGGAAAAUGUUGAUGCACUUAAAGUUUUGUGUUAA